AUGGCCCGCCCUCGCAAGGCGGUCGACUGCGGCAGUUCAGCAGCGAAGCAGCAGUCAACAACAAGAAGCCGCUCCUCUCGCUCUGUGAAUGCGGCUGAACAGAGUAAUGCCGGCGAAUCGAGCUCCGCGAUGCCACCAUCUACUACUACUACCAAUGCUAGACCGAAGCGGAAUCCUAGAAGAGCCGCGAAGGAUCCGUGGGAGGAGGAGAAGGUGAUGACCAGUACGAAGUCACCGUUGGUUGAUGCGGAUUUAGUGGGCCUACUUGCCAACCCCAAAGCUUGGGACUGUCUCGAAGAGAGCGAAAAGCAAGAGAUCAUAAAACUUCUUCCGGAUAGUGUACAUCCGGACCCUAACCCGCCAACGGAUGAUGAUGCCGAUGUGAAGAUCCCCCCUCCUCCGCAGGAAUUCUUACGCUACUCGAAUAACUGGCGCGAAGGUAUUCGGCAAUUUCAAGUGGAGCUCCAGAAUGGUUUCCAUGAUCCGGAAUGGUUGCGCCAGGCGGAACUGGCUAUGGAGGAGAGGGCCGCGGGCGCGUUUGACAGGUUUAAGGAGGAAGAGUUCGAAGAAUUCUGGGGACAGAAACAGAAGAUGGACAAGACACUAUUGGCAGGACAAAGCUCUCAGGUGAAGUUGAAGACGCUGAUUGACCAUAAUGUUGUUCGCGAGGGCGAUGUUUGGAAGUACUCGCGAUGCUUUUCCAAAGGUGCCGACAGAGUUCUGGUAGAGAAGGAGGCUAGGAUUGUGGGCAUUAAGGGUGCGCGGUUGAGCUUCGUCAUUCCUCCUGGACAGCGUGUAUUUCUUCCCGUUGCUUCAAGCGGGAGCAAGCAAAACCAAAGCCAUGCGGAUGACACAAAAGCCGAUGUGGAAGCUGGUGACCGGCAGCAAGAUAGUGAUGCUGUUGAAUCCGACUCUAACGUCCAACGGAAUAUAUGUGCCACGGCAGAGCCUGUCUCUCCCAAGAAGCGCAAAUGUGAAGAUGAACACGGGGACUGCAAACGACAGCGUUCGCAGCCUUCAGAAGCCGAUCUCCAAGCUGAGUCACCUAGCGAGGUGCCUAAAAACAUGACAGAAGCGGCAGCAGAAACCGCCAGCCCUUCAACAACGGCAGAGGCCGUUUCGUCCGCAGAGGUUGCAGAAAUCUCCACAGCAACAAGUGAGAAGCCGGACAGCGCGGGCGAAGCAUCAGACGAACCGUCCGUAUCAGUGCCCGAAGCCCCUCAGGAAUCGACAGAAGAUACGGAGAAGACACCGCCUGCGAACGCUCCCGAUGCCAAUAUGGACGAGAUAUUGAUUGAAAAUAUUCAGGGGCUUACUUCACUUGCCUCGAGGAUUAUAGAAGUCGAUGGUCGUAUUACGGACAUUCCUAAUGGGAAUGCUUGGAAAGAGUUCCGUACGUAUCGGAAUAACCAGGAUAUGGGUAGUUUAUGGGAGGUGAGACAAGCUUGGUUCCAACGUGCUGGGAAGUAA